GCCAUUCUGCAUUUUCAUCUCUCAUUCUGGACCGUAUAUUUUGCUUACGACGCUCGAGCUCGUGGUUGACUGUUUAUCCAUUUCCUCAUAAAACACACAGAGGAAAUGACAAUGGCGCUUCUCUCAGCACCUCUAUCUCAUAAAGCCUCCCUCUUUCAACGCCCUUACUCCACCUGCUUUCGCUCCAUAACUUGUAUCAAGUACCCAUUUAGGCCCGCAAUCCCUUUCUCCAUUUCUGCUUCAGCUUCACCUGAUGGCGACGCUGCCGCCGCGGUUGCUGUUGAAGAUCCUCCUUUCAGGGGUUGCAAGGCCUGUGGAAAAGAGGAAUUGGAGUGGGGAUGCAACGGUGAGGGUAGGAUUCAAGGAGGGAUUGCAACAGUCCCGGGGUUUGGUUGGUGGCCUAUUAAGGCUUACUGUCCUUGCCCUGCUUUCAUUGCAUCCGGCGGUCGGUACACGUGGUCAAAGCAUGGAUGAUGAUGCCUCUGGAGGAGGGGGGAGAGUGAGUCCUGAGGGAAAUGGUGAUGAACCUGACUUAAGCAAGGGAAAGCAAGGUCCGAGGAAGUUCAAAAGAUAAAUCAAUGCCUGGAAUUUGCAACUGCAAGAUUAUGCUAUGCUUCAGAAAGGCCAGACCUGGUGAUCCAACAUCACAAGCGAGCAUUGAGAUAUAUAUACAAGGGAAGGAUACAUUUUUGCAAA